GUUGUUGAGAAGGUCAAAUCCAAGAACGCUCACCGGGACAGGCUACUUAAUUUGCAGAGCCCCGUACGAAAUGAAAAUGUAGGGUCCCCUGUCCAAAAAUCAUUAAGAAUGUCAAGGCUGGAACAGCCGAACAUUAAAUCAAGCGCGGGACUCUCCCGCACAGCCUGCGCGCCCUCGAAGCCGGCCCUGGAGCCUGAAGGAGCAGAGCGUUUGCAUACAGGUAGAUUGGAUUAACGGCAGAUUUCAAACCUUAAACCUCAGAGUUUAGCCAUUCCCGUGGCUUAUCAAGAAGAGGAUAAGGAUGUCCUCGGCGCGCUCUGUAGGACAGACAAAAGAAAUUUAUGGCCAUCCCUUGGAAGUCCCAGUCAUUCGGGAGCAACUAAACCACUAUCGGAAUGUGGCCGAAAACGCUCGAAGUGAACUGGCGGCAACUUUGGUCAAAUUUGAAUGUGCUCAGUCUGAGCUUCGGGACCUCCGAUCCAGGAUGCUUUCGAAAGAAGCCUCCUGUCAAGAGUUGAAAGCUGAAAUGGAGAAUUACAAAGAAAAUAAUGCUAGAAAAUCAUCUCUCCUCACCUCCCUGAGAGACAGAGUUCAGGAGCUGGAAGAAGAAUCAGCAGCACUUACCACUUCUAAAAUUAGAACCGAAAUCACAGCUCACACUGCAAUCAAGGAGAAUCAGGAGUUAAAGAAGAAAGUUGCAGAACUAGAUGAGAACUUACAAAAGUGUUUAAAGGAAAAUGAGGAGAAUAAGAAUCAAGUCUCGAAGAAUUGCAGGAAACAUGAGGAAUUUCUGUCUCAACUUGGUGACUGCUUAGAUCCAGAGAAGAAGAAUGAAAAGGCAUCAGAUGAAGAUUUAAUUCUAAAGCUUAGAGAGCUUUGCGAGGAAAAUGCAUUCGUGAAAGGACAGAUUGUUACUCUUGAAGAGACUAUAAAUGUCCAUGAGAUGGAAGCAAAAGCUAGCAGAGAAACCAUCACGAGGCUGGUUUCAGAAGUAAACAGAGAGCAGAAAAAAGCUGCCUCCUGCACCGAGGAGAAAGACAAGCUGAACCAGGACUUGCUCCGUGCUGUAGAGACCAAAGGAGUUCUUGAAAGGGAAGUCAGGAUCCUCCAAGAAAGGCUGCUUGCUGGCCAACGGGUCUGGGAUGCUUCAAAGCAGGAGCUGAGCCUCUUGAAGAAAAGAUCUUGUGAGUUGGAGAAGAGUCUGGAGGCCAGUCUGGAUGCGGCUGCAGCCUCGAGAAGCCAGUACUCCUCAUUUAGGGAGGAAGUCGCCACCUUGCUUAGAGGCAGUGGGGACACGACGGGGCCCACGGAGGAUGCCGUUGUGGAAAGGAUCCGAGAAAUGACCAGCCAGGAAGAGAGCAGGAAAAGGAUGGUUUCCCAGCUUGAAGCCCGAAUAUCUGAGCUUGUGGAACAGUUGGGAAAUGAAUCUGGGUUUCACCAGAAAGCUCUACAGAGAGCCCAGAAAGCAGAAAACAAGUUGGAGACUCUUCAGGGUCAGCUGACACACCUGGAGGGAGAGCUGGUUUCUGGAGAUGUUUUGCGAGAUCACUUGAAUUUUGAGAAACAAAAAUAUCUUAAAUUUCUGGAUCAGCUCUCAGAGAAAAUGAAAUUGGACCAGAUGGCUGCUGAACUUGGCUUUGACAUGCGUCUGGAUGUAGUUUUAGCUCGCACGGAGCAGCUGGUCCGUCUCGAGAGCAACGCAGUCAUUGAAAACAAGACUAUCGCCUACAAUUUACAGAGAAAGCUCAGGACUCAGAAAGAAAGGCUGGAGAGCAAAGAACUACAUAUGAGCCUCCUGCGGCAGAAAAUCACCCAGCUGGAGGAGGAGAAGCAGGUGCGUUUGGCCUUGGCUGUGGAGAGGGAUGAGACCAAUCUCACCCUAAGAAAGUUGCAGAAGAGGGUGGAGAGGCUGCAGAAGGAGCUGAGUGUGUGUCGAGAAGCGAACACGGAGCUCAAAGCCAAGCUGGCUGAGCUGAAGAUUAAAACUUUGGAACAGACCAAAGCCACUGAAGACCUAAAUAAGUCCAAAGACAAACUUGAGAAGAUGAAGGAGAAAGCUGAGGAAAAGCUAAUGUCUGUCAAGUCAGAACUGGGUACUGCAGAGCUUGAGACUCAGGAGGAUAAAGAGGGGGCCAGGAAGAUAAUGGAAGUGGUAACCAACGAAAUGAAGACACUAAAAAAAUGUCUGGAAGAAGCAGAAACAAGAGAAAAGCAGCUGGUGGACUUCAGGGAGGUGGUUUCCCAGAUGCUGGGCUUGAACAUGACCAGUCUUGCGCUUCCAGACUAUGAAAUCAUCAAAUGUCUUGAAAGACUGAUCCAUUCACAUCAGCAUCACUUUGUUACCUGUGCCUGCCUCAAAGAUGUGACGCCCGGGGGAGAUAGGCACCCACAGAGUCACUUAAAACUCCUUCAUUGAAUACCAUCUCUCUUGGGGGAGGUGGAGCUAAGAGAUGGGACACAACUGUCAAUUUCACAAAUUCCCCAAGCCUUUGACAUUGAUCAGUGUGUGAAUACCAUGUAGUUCGAUGACCGCGCGCGUGCAAAUCCAUCAUUUGCAAAAAAGGAUCUCAGAGGUGCCAGCUGUAGGUUAAUGUUUGACACUAAGAACAGCUAUUAUUUUAUUUGCUAGCACUUUGGGACCCGGAAGAAGUCCAGUAGAUUGCAUAUCUAGAAUGGGCAAUGGGCGGUAGGGGAUUAACAUUUAUGGGAUUCUUUUUUUAUGAGUCAGGGGCUUUACUACCCAAUUUAAUUCUCAUAAUGGUCACGUGGAGAAGCUUUAAUGUUUUAUUUUACAACCUCUCUGAGGCUCAGAGAGGGUGUUACCUACCCAAGAUUGUAGUUGGUUAGUGAUUGAACCAGCAGCCUUACCACGUUGGCCCUUGAUCAAAGGCUGUGCCUUCUCUGCUACUCUAUACUCCUCCAGUUUCUCCUGAAAUCCUGUGAUCCUGGUGAAAUUUGCCCCCAUAAAGGAAGGCAAACAUUCAUACAUUCAAUCAAGUCCAAAAAGUGACUGAGAUUCAUGAGUGUCACGCAUAUGAUUUCUUUAAAAAGCAUUAUAACUAAUUAUUUGGAUAAAACAUACAUAGGUCUGAGGUCCUAUGAGAAACCAACCGGUUUUAAAUGUUGCUGCCAGAUUAUAUUUGGUGGUAAUUUUUCAUGUUUGAACAGGGUUGGUCUCAGUCCUUUAAAAGUGAAACCUUUAAUGUGAAACCUAUAAGAUGAAGAAAUCCUGCCCAGGUUUACUCACCAAUAUAUCACGUGUACUGACAACAAGAGUACUUUUUUAGGAUCAGGGUUUUAUUACAAAUUCCCAUCCCUUUCUGCCUUCUUUUUAAAUUUCUGUUUCACAAGUAUUUUUCAGGAAACCAUAUUCUUAGCUUUAUUGAGAAAAACUUUUACUUUUUUGGGUGAUUAUCUUAUUUUCGCCAUAUGAAAGUAUGUCUGAAAAAAAGCAUUGGUGCCUAAUUA